GAUUGGUUGAUUGCGCGUAUCAAAGCUGUACACCACCAACUUGGAGCGCCAGCUUCUUGAACGUCAUCAUCAUCGCCAGUCGAUUAACACAACGUCAGCCUCGUCAUCUUGCACAGCCAGCGUCAGAGCACCCGCUCCGUCAUAUUCGUCCGAUAGUCUGCAUAGACACCAUCCCCGGUUUCUGGACCUUCGACACGCGGGCUGCGCAUCCAUCCUGGCACUAUCGGCCUAAUUGACCUCUCUUCAGGCUACCUGCCUAGAUACCCUUCACCGACAAAGCGCGGCUCUUCACGGCCUUUCUCUAGGUCUGUGCUAUCGCGACGACCUCUGCUAAGCCCAAGCAAGCACAGGAACGGCCUGUAAAGCGAGCACAUAUCUUGCCUGUCCGCAAGACACAUCACACGUGCGCCCAGAGGCUCCUGAAACACCUCGUCAGUCGCCAGCAAGUCGUUCGCGAAUCACAAUCACUACAAGAUGGGACAGACACUAAGUGAACCGGUGGUGGAAAAGCAUACCCAAACCGGCGAGGAUGACACCUUGAUAUACGGAGUGUCGGAGAUGCAAGGAUGGAGAAUCAGCAUGGAGGAUGCCCACGCUACUAUACUCUCGCUGGACCCGUCUCUGAAGGGCGACGAGAAGGCAUCAUUCUUUGCAGUGUACGAUGGACACGGAGGCUCCACAGUGGCCAAAUACAGUGGUGAGACCGUCCACCAACGACUGGCAAAGACGGACGAAUUCCAGCGCGGUCAAUACGAAGCUGCCCUGAAACGCGCAUUCUUGGGCACUGAUGAGGACCUUAAGAGCAACAAGGAAUUCGCAUUCGAUCCAUCUGGCUGCACGGCUGUCGCUGCUCUUCUCGUCGCUGGUCCCCCGAGUCAGGGUCAAGAGACUGCAAAGCCAAACGUGCCACGCCGUAUCAUUGUCGCCAAUGCGGGAGACUCGCGAAGCAUCCUGAGCUACAAGGGCGAGGCCAAACCGAUGAGCUUUGAUCACAAACCGCAGAACAAGAACGAGCUUUCUCGCAUCAAUAUGGCUGGCGGCUUCGUCGAAUUCGGUCGCGUGAAUGGCAAUUUGGCGCUUUCCCGAGCCAUUGGAGACUUUGAAUUCAAGCAAAAUUACUCGCUGCCCCCUGAGGAGCAGAUCGUCACAGCGGACCCAGAGAUCAUCUCGCAUGAUGUGGACGGAGAGGAAGAAUUCUUGGUGCUGGCUUGCGACGGAAUCUGGGACUGUCUCAGCAGCCAGGAAGUGGCAGAUUUCGUAAGAAGGCGCAUCGCCGAAGGCAAAGAGCUCAAAGACAUUUGCGAGGAGGCCAUGGAUAGAUGCCUUGCACACGACCCGGAUGUUGGAGGUGUCGGCUGCGAUAAUGUGAGUGCGGGUAGAAUGAAUACGCCGAGUUGCGGGCAGGAUGAAUACGUCGAGUGGAGCACUGAAGAAUGCCUCCUCAUCUCGGGCCAGAUGACGAUCUGCGUCGUGGCACUUCUCGGUGGGCGUUCCAAGGAGGAAUGGUAUGCUUGGGUCAAGGACCGGGUCGAAAAGAAAAUUGGUUGGGACACGCCUCUAGAGCCGGCGGAUCCACUCAACACCCUCAACAGGUCAAACCAAGGUGGUGCUGGUAGCUCUGGCGGCGGUCUCUCCAUGGGGCGACUUGGCGCCAUGGGCGGUGGGUCUGUGUUGUCCGCUCUGGCUGGCGGCCUCAACGCUGGUGAUGACGAUGAUGAGCGACCUGGCUCCCUUAGACUCCCUGGUGGGCUUGCUGGGGCACUCGGCGGAGCGGGCAUCGUCUUUAGACCGGGGAAUCAAACCGACGAUGAUGGGGACGUCAUCUAUGAAGCACACGUUGUCAACUCGGACUCGGACGAGUCCGAAGAGUCGAACAACGCACCGAGUAGCAAGGACGCCGCCAAGAUCGAGGAACUGUCGGAGGCAGGCUCAGAUGAGGCAGAGAAGAGAAGUCAGCAAGGUCAAGAGGGCCGACCCGACCUGACUCAUCAACCCGAAAUCGUCGAAUCUCCCCAAGAAGGUGCCGCUGCUGCGUCUUCUGCCGGGAGCAAGACCGCCGCCGCCGCCGGUCAGGCUUCUGCUGCAAACGUGGAAGUUAGGCAAAGUACCGAAGGGACCGUCCAGGAGGACAAGGAUGCCAGCUCGACUUGAGCGGUAGAUAUCACCAACAGCUCUAGUAGCAACAGAAGCGCACUUACUGACAAGGGACCAAGAUAUCCACGGCCAAAUUCUCUGACGUUCCUCUAAAUUCACUUCUGGAUCUCUGCUGUGCGCUUCUUGAGCUGCUGCUUGUCCACCGCUUCUUUCUGUUUCAGCUUUUGCGAUUUACAUUGUUUCACCAAGGGCAAUAUCUUCAAUCUACAGGGGCAUGCAAUUCGAAAAAGGUUUUCAUGUCCAGGCGCAUCCGAGCUGAAGCCGUG